AUGCCCCACACCUCCAGCCUUCGUAGGAGUGACCGCGUCCACCGCCUCAGCGUCAUCCGGACACGGCUGACGCCCAAGCUCGAAGAGCGCGAUGAGUCGGACCAGGAGACCACGUCAGAAUGGUCCUGCCGGCCGAGCACGAGCUCCUCGCGCCAGCUCGGCUCACCACCCCUUGGCUGUCCGGCGAGUUCGCCCCCUAGCACUGGCGGCGAGAGCACAUCCGGCGCGUCGAGCCGGGUCUCAUCAAUCGACUUGGACACGCUGCCCCGUCGCCGCGUCGUGUUCAAGUUGCCAAGCAUACAACGGGACAGCGAACAGGAUGAGGCGCAGCCCACGUCGAGCCCGACGACCACCGCAGCGGCCACUUUAGUCAGAGAUCACUCGAUGUCCGGCGUUACAGGCGGCUCGAUACUAAGGAGCGCACCUGCACCUUUGCUCACGUCGACCACGCUGCCAAAGUCUCAAUGCAACGGUGCGCUCGAUGCGCUGUGCAUCGCGGACGCCCUCGCGCCAGCCGCGACCACGCCUUCGAUGCCGGGGCACACGGAGUCUCGCGCCACGGACGGUCCGCUCCUCGACACGCAGACGGACACGCGCGACAUGCUUGAGAGUAGGCCCCCGAUGGAGGGCGCGACUGGGGCUAUAGCCGAGCCGCAGGCACCGAGCGAUCCCCCGACUGAGAUGCUGCUGCCGUGGACGGCUACCAACUCGGCGUUGAACUUGGCCUAG